GGGGACCUGAGCGUCUCCGGCGCGGGAGCCGGGCUCAGCCCCGGCUUGCGGACGUCGCGGUCCCGGAGUACCGAGCCGGCCUGGGCGGCCCGCGGGGCGCGCGCAGCGCGGAGUGCGCGUGGGGCCGGGCUCUGCUGCCCGGUGCAGGAGCGCGCGCGCGUCGCGGCAUGGAGCCGGCCCGGGAGCCCCCCGCGCGCGCCCGCCCGCCGCCCCCCGCAGCUCGUCCCGCGCCCGCUGCGCCCAGGCCGCGCUCUCCAGCGGAGGCAGAGGCCCGUGGCCCAGAGGGGCUGCUGAGGCGAUCCGGGUCAGGCUACGAGGGCAGCACCAGCUGGAAGGCGGCCUUGGAGGAUACCACCACACGCCUUCUGCUGGGAGCCAUUGCAGUCCUCCUGUUUGCCAUUCUGGUGGUGAUGAGCAUCCUGGCUUCCAAGGGCUGCAUCAAGUGUGAGACACCCUGCCCGGAGGACUGGCUGCUCUACGGAAGGAAAUGCUACUACUUCUCGGAGGAACCUAGGGACUGGAAUACGGGAAGGCAGUACUGCCAUACACACGAGGCGGCGCUGGCCGUGAUCCAAAGCCAGAAGGAACUGGAAUUUAUGUUCAAGUUCACACGGAGGGAGCCCUGGAUCGGCCUGCGCAGAGUUGGGGACGACUUCCACUGGGUCAAUGGGGACCCGUUUGACCCAGACACAUUCACUAUCUCGGGUAUGGGGGAAUGUGUCUUUGUGGAGCCCACCAGGCUGGUGUCAACGGAAUGUCUGACAACCCGUCCCUGGGUGUGCAGCAAGAUGGCCUAUACGUGAUGAGGCUCAGGCCAGAGGUGGCCCCUGUGCCCAGGCCCAAGGGCAGUGUCCGUUCCACAACUUGCUUCCAACAGGAGCCGCCACCCUCUCUGAAUGGAAGUAGUGGGGAGGGUGGCCUCUGCCACUGUCCCCUUUCAGGCUCCAGAGCUCCGAAAGGCCUUGGUUCCUGGUCCCUCUUGUCCCCAGGCAGGUCCUGUGGCCUAGCAGUUAUAUCUCAUAUGCUAAGUAGUGUAGACAUCUUGCCCCAUACACACAAGCACACACGUGUACACACGUGUACACACAUGUACACAACACACACACAGGCUCUUCUUAGCGGGUCACCCUUCCUUGGCUCUGCCUGGAACCCUCCCUCACUGCAGCCCUGGUGCUUCUGGACAGAUGGGGCGACACACGGGUUAUAUGACUUCUGGCCCAGCCUCCUGCCCGCCCCUGUGGCUUCUCUGAGACUGCUGGGUGAGACAGGCAGGCACAGCUUCCUCCACACCUUGGAGAAAACAGCCCAGGGCUAGAGGCUGCUCUUUCUGCCCUCCCUGCCUUCCCAGGGUCCUCAGGCAGGGCCCCUGCUGUGCUGUGGUGCUGUCCUAUCGGUCACUAAUGGAAUAAAGACACAACUGCAUCUCUGA